AUGGCCGAUCGUCGUGGUUCUUCGAAUUGGAAUUUGAGCUCUUCCCCGUUGGAAAUUGAGCCUCCUGCUCAAUCUCCAGAGCAGCGGCGUAAAUCUCAGGGCGAAUCCGAUGCCGUGAGGAGAGAAGUCUUCAGGAUUAGGGAGGAGGCGGAAGCUCAGGCGAGACUGAGAGAUCGACUUCCAGUGCAGACAAGUGACAGUGGGAGUGGGUCAGAAGGGGAGCUCUCGGCCAUUGCCAUGGUAGCGGUGUCCAUGCACGACGAAGAGGAAGCUCGGCAACGGGAGCAGCAGCAGCAGCAGCAGCAGCAGCAAAGCAGUGAGCCCCCACAAGACGAGGAGUCUUCUAGAAAUGUUUCUGUGUCCAGCGACUCUGAGGAUUACGAGUCCGCUAGUAAUGAGGGGAGGAGCAAGGGAUCCGGGUCCGGUUCGGAGGAAGAGCAGGCGGGGGGUGGCCAGGGGAGCAGCAACAAGCGGGUUGCUGGAUCAGACGUCGAUGAUGCGGAAGAUCACAAACGCCGGAGAGUUUAG